CACAAGAGGGCGUGUUUGGGUAAUGAGGAAAAUGCCUGUUCGCCAAAACAUCAAGUUCGAAGAUUAAAAUCCGAAACCUAGAGCCGCCGACUUAAAGAAUCAAACAGGUCACUGUUUCACAGGAGACUGCCAUGGCCACUGAGGGGGACCCAACAGACCUGGUGAAGGUGCUUCACCUACUGGUGAUUGCUUUCUCCUGGGGGAUGCAGGUGUGGGUGUCGUUUAUUGCAGGGUUUGUGCUGGUGUCCCGGGUACCUUUGCACACAUUUGGCCUGGUGCAAAGUAAGCUCUUCCCCUGGUAUUUCUACUGCCUGCUGGGCAGUAACGCAGUCAGUCUGGCAAUAUAUGCUGUGUACCAUCCCAGGGAGCUGCUAGACUGGCAUGAGUCUAUACAGAUGGCCUUAUUCUUCGUGGCAGUGAUCAUGGCGGGGCUGAAUGCACAGUGGUUCGGGCCAGCUGUCACUGAGAAUAUGCUGGUGAUGAGGGAGAUCGAGCAGGAGCAUGGCCUGGGCGGGGAGGUGGGCUUUAGCACCAACAGAGAGCGCUAUGCUAAACUCCGCGAGCAGGAUCCUAAAUACAAGGCUCACCGGAGCAGCUUCUACCGCUACCAUGGCCUGUCCAACCUGAGCAACCUGGUCAGCUUCGCCUGCAUCACCAUCAAUCUCAUCUACCUGGCUCUUCAUUUGGCCUCUAUAUAAGAACAUUGUUGGCCUGUAGCAAGUAUAGCAGACUGUCUGGUAAAUGUUCUGGAACAGGUGUUGUCAAACUCUGGUCCUGGAGGGCCACACUACAAAAUGUAGUAUUUAACUUCCUCUGAAACACCUAAUGUAGUUUUUAUUGGGCUGAAUUCAUAACCAGUAAAAUGUAAAACUAGGGUUCUGCAGGGCUGGAGUGAACACUCCUAUUCUAGAAGAUUCUUCAGUCUUUUUUUCUUUUUAAACUUUUUUUCUGUUAGGAUUAUUUUGGGUUCACUAUUAUGUCCUCCAGUGAUUAUCACUAUGUUCACCAGUAGGACUGAACACAGUGCACUAAUGCUGUAUAGUUAAUUGUACAUUGAUCAAAUGACUCAGAACAAAAUGAUGGACAGAUCGUAGCGAGAGUAGUCACAUUAAAUGACUAAUCACAGUAAUACAUACUCAUACUCUACUAUGAGUUAUUAAGGUAUAUAGUACACUUUUUUGAAUGACAUAAGGAACACCUCUCAGGCCAAGCUUCCAAACAAGUUCACAAUAUAGUAGCUGUUUGAAACACUGACUUAAAUGCCUUCAAUUACCACCUAGUGUACCUGAAGAUUACUGCAAAACUAUGAUAUUCUAUUCAUUUGCAACUGCAGAAACUGCAGUUUUAGGUUGUGCAGGACUAGUUACACAGCCAAAGACUUGCUGUGCAACUUGUUAAUCACUAGUUGUGUUGAAAAAAUGGCACAUGCUAUGACAAGAUACUUUAGUAAAUGGAUACAAGGUGUAUUUUUAACUCCUUUACUUGAUGAUGAAAAGAUAUUGACUGAUGUGCUUAUGUGUUAUUUUUAUGAAUUCAAAUGAAAUGACUUGCAUUGUGGCUAGGGUUAUUCUAAGGCAUUUUCUUUUCACAGUUGUUAAUACUCUUGCUUAUGUUAUAUAUUUGUUUUUUCAUAGUAAGCUGGUGUAAGCUUUUCAAUUGUGUAAUAAUCAGUGUUGAUUGGAAAAAAACUUUUUUUUUUCAUUAUCACAGUUACACAAUCAACUGUGUACCUGUGUUCCCCAAUAGAUGGCGCUAGUUACGUUCAUGUAAGGCCUUGUUUCUUUAUCCUAUCAUUGCCUGGCACAUGUGUUCGUGUUUGCUUUGUUCAAACAAACCACUUCAGCUCAGGAAAGGUGUGUGAGUUAGUUGAAUACUUCAGCCAGUUGUGUCAGAGCAGAGAAAAAACUAAUACAUUUAAUGCCAGGACCUUGAGAAACACAGGUAUAAGUAACAAUUGACUUCCACUGCUGCUGCUCCCAAUGCUUUACAGUGCUCCUGCUCCUGAUGUUUCAUAAAGGCAACGUAUCAUGACAGAACAUGAUGACUCAAAUAUGUCUGAUAACCGUACAUUUCAGGAAAUGGAGGCCUCGGUAGUGUGCCUUUGUCCCUCCACUAUGCACUGGAAAAUUAAGUUCCUAGCUCUAUAUCUGUGGCAAAGCAUUCUGAAUUUAAUUGGAUUUCCAAUAGUACCAUGUCAUGCCAUGUUGUUUGUACAGUGCAAUGUAAACUUGGUUUCCUACAGAGCAACCCAACCCUAAUUAAUUGCCACCUGCUGUAGUCAGGGCACCCAUGUCCCAUGUCAAGUUUGACAUCACUAAGGUUUAAGGAUGUCAUUGGUAGAACAGUUUGCUUUGGGUUAUUAUAGGUGCAGUUUUGGAUUGUAAAAGAACAAAGUGGUAACCCAACCAUUGGGUUUAUUACAAAGCUGAAGCAAGGAGCUGCUGGUACACUAAAUGGCCAAAAGCCUCUCAAAUUUGGCUGUUUCUGCCAUUGCCAACAGGUGCAUAAAAGCAAGGCAUUCUAUCUCUAUAAACAAAUAUUGGAAAAGAAUAGAUCAUCUUGAAAAGCUGACUUUCAGUGUGGUACUGUCAGGAUGCUGCUUUGCCAGCAAGUCAGUUCUUCAGAGCUGUGCCCUGGAAAUGUCUGAGAGCAAGAGUUCAACUGCGAAGCAGCAGGCCACACAAGCUCACAGAACAGGACUGCCUAGUGUUGAAGCACGUAGCGUGUAAAAAUGAUCCGUCCUCAGAGUUCCAAACCACCCCUGAAAGCAAAAUCAGCACAAGAACUGUUCGUCAGUAGAUCCACAGAUUGGGUUGACCUGAUAAAGUAACUGCAGACAAGCCUAAGAUCACCAUGUGCAAUGUGAAACGCCAGCUGCAGUGGUAUAAAGCACACCAUCUUUGAAAAAGCAGUGGACCAAUGUUCACUGAAGUGAUGGAGUUGGAAAACACUACCUGUCUGAAUGCAUAGUAUCAACUUUAAGGUUUGUUGGAGGAGGAUUAACAGUUUGGGGCUUUUUCAUGGUUUGGUGUGGGCCCCUUAGUUCCGGUGAAGGAAUAUAAUACGUACAGUGUAAUGAUACAGCAUACAAUGAUAUUCUAGGUAAUUGCGUGCUUCCAAAUAAAUGGCAACAGUUUGGA